UGGGGAGAAGGGGAGAGGACACGUUUUCAAGGAUGCUCAAGCUGGUGUGAGGCUUCUUGGGCGCAAAGACUGCGCACAGAAGUCAAGAAAGAAGCAUCACAGCAUAAGACCGAAGCCCUUGGCAUUGCUUGAGCAAUCUAAGGAAAACAAAGGUAGAGUUUCCAUCACACCAGGGGUUAAAAAGAGGAAAGCAAAAACAAGAUGGCUGAAGAGGAAGAAACCAGGGAGGUGCUCUUUCCAGACUGGGAGGGGCCAGACAAAACUGGCUUAACCAUUGAACAGACAAGUGGAGGAGAGAUCUUCGUCAAGGAGGUGAAAGGAGAGUCGCCUGCUGCACGGUCUGGAAAAGUAUAUGAAGGUGACCAGAUUGUGGGCGCCACUAUCUACUUUGAUAACAUGAGCUCAGAAGAAACAGCUGACCUACUGAAGACACUGAACCGCCACAAGGUUGGACUGAAACUACAAAACAAAUCCCCUUGCUGCUCGCCUGUGAGCACACCAUGUCGUUCACCAAUGGGGACAUUGACAUGGGAGGGGAAGACCAGGUUUGGAGGUUCCAGUCCAGACAUCAUCCUUAGUGGGGAUGAUGAGGACUAUAAGAGAAUAUACACAAAAAAGAUCAAACCAAGGCUGAAGUCUGACGACCUUGCAGAGGGAGUAGAUGUUCGCACAGAGCGGCACAGCAGCACAAGCAGCGAUGGCAGCACAAUUACUACCAUCACCCGCCGCAUCACUACCUACACUGUGGAUAUGCCGAGUGGCAUAAGUGAGCAACUUGAACUUUCAAGCCCAGAGUUUAAGGGGCUAAGACACGAAUCUGGAGAUGGCUCUCCUCGUAUCAGGAUCUCACAUGGCAGCCCUUCAGGUAAAGGGGGAGCAGAGGAGGGAGUUUUUGAGUCAAGUAAUGUCUCUUACACUGGGCCACACAUUAGCUCCACAGAGACACGCUGGGGCAGUGGGGGAGUUAAGACCACAACAAUUACAAGAGAGGCAGAAAAAGACAGAGGUACAGGUCUUAGAUUUAAAGGGCCAAACUUUGGAAUAGGUGGCAGCCAGGGAGGCAUUGAGAUCUCAAGAGGGAGUGUGGAGCAGGGAGAUGGAAGCAUUCAGGUGCCAGAAACAAGCAUGACACUAAGAGACAGCACAAACACUGGGAGUAGGCAUGUUACAGUAGGAGGGUUGGGAGGUGCAGAGGUAACCUCAGCUGAUGAGAACGGAGGGUCAAUUAGUCUGACUUUACCAGGAAAAGGCAUGCAGAUUUUGACUACAUCAAUAGAUAAAACACAGGAGGGAGACACUGACACCAGUUUAGGUGAGAGAACAAAGAUGACAGUAUCUGAAAUUACCAUCAGUAACUCGCAGGCAAAAGGAUCAGGCAGUAUUGAUAUUCCGAAUGUCAGACAUGGUGGAGGUUCCACAGAUAUUGAUACUGAAUUGAGAGGUGGCAGGAUCGGAGGAUCAGCAGUGUCAUUAGGCAAUAUUGCUUCAGGAUAUUCCUCAGGGCCAGGCAAGAUUUCAGUGACAGGUGUGGAUGUUAACCUCACAAAUUCAAAGUCCAAAGGUGAGGUUGAUGUUAACCUACCAAGCACAAAGGGAGGAAUAAAAGCAUCUGGAAUAGACACAGAAGGUGAAAUGUCAAAAAUCAAGAUGCCUGGUUUUGGAAUGAAAGGAAUCAAGAGAGAGGGAGCUAGUGUUGAGUUUAAACUCAGUGGUGAUGCAGAUAUAUCAGUACCCGUGACACAUGAAGAGGUGGAAACACCAGAACAAGACAUCAAAGGGACAUACAUGCAAAUCAAAGGUCCAAAUGCGAAUAUUCAAGGACCAGUUAUGAAUGUGAGCCUCCCAGAGGCAGUAAACCUGAAGGGUUCUAAGGCAGAGGGAAGUUUUGAUAUAACAGUGCCAAAAACUGAGGGAGAAAUAAAGGCACCCAAACUAAACAUUAAACAAGGUGUUGUUGAAAGCACUGAUGUAAAAAUAAAAGGAACCAAACCUGACAUUGACAUUAAAACAGCUCAAGUUGACAUUAAAGCACCAGACCUUGAUGGUAGGGCUGCUGAUAUAAAAACAGAAGGACUGAAAUUCAAGAUGUCGUCCAAAAAAGGAACUACAAUGCCAGAUUUGGAUAUCAAUCUGAAAGGAUCCAAGCUAAAGGGAGAUGUGGCAGUUCCAAAGAUUGAGGGAAGAACAACAAAACCUGAGGUUCAGAUCAAGGGACAAGAAAUUGAUACUGAAAGACCUAAAGGUGGAUUUGAGGUAAAAAUUCCAGGAACUCAUAUUGAAGGACCUGAUGCAAAACUCAAAGGACCAAAACUGAAAAUGCCAUCCAUAAAAGGAACAAAGGUGCCAGAUGUCGAUAUCAAAGUUGAAGGUCCAAGAGCUGAAGGAGAUGUGGCUAUAUCAAUGCCAAAGAUAGAAGGAGACAUAAAAGCACCUGUAGUGGAUGUUGAAGUUCCAGAUGUUGACACUGAGGUUCACAAAGGAGGAUUUAAAGUGCCUAAAUUUAAAAUUCCAUCAUUUGGAAUAAAGAGUCCAAAAAUGGAAGGGCCAGAAGUCGAUGUUCAUCUACCAAAAGCAGACAUUAACGUGAAAGCUCCUGAAGUGGAAAUGAAAGGGCAAAAUGUUGACAUGGAAAGUGUUGGUGGUAAUAUUAAAGGAUCAAAAAUCACCGUGUCAGGACCGAAAAUCUCAAUGCCUGAUGUGGAUGUAAGUGUCAAAAGUCCAAAACUCAAAAGUGAUGUGGACUUGUCAGCUCCAAAGAUGGGAAAAAUAAAAACACCUGGAGUUGACAUCAAAGGUCCAGAGGUUGACAUUGAAGGACCAAAGGGUGGAUUUGAAACACCUAAGAUAAAAAUGCCAUCAUUUAACAUAAAAGGUCCAAAAGUGGAGGGGCCAGAUGUUGAUGUGAACGUGCCCAGAGGAAACAUUGAUGUGAAAGCACCAGAAGUUGACAUUAAAGCUACAGAGAUUGACAUUGAAGGCCCUGAUGCAAACAUCAAAGGACCCAAAGUCAAGGCACCAACCAUAAAAGGACCAAAGAUGCCAGAUUUUGACAUCAAACUAAGAGGUCCUAAAGUCGAGGGAGAUGUGGAUGUUUCACUUCCAAAGAUUAAAGGAGACAUAAAAGCUCCUGAGGUGGACAUUGAAGGACCAGAAAUUGACAUUGACGGCCACAAAGGUGGAUUCAAAAUGCCUAAAUUUAAAAUGCCAUCAUUUGGCAUGAAAGGUCCAAAAGUAGAAGGCCCAGAAAUUGAUGUCAGUAUUCCAAAAGCCAGCAUUGACGUGAAAGCACCUGAUGUUGACAUCAAAGCACCAGAGGUUGACAUUGAAGGACAUAAUGCAAAACUCAAAGGACCCAAAUUCAACAUGCCAACAAUUUCAGGACCAAAAAUCAAUAAGCCUGAUGUGGAUUUCAAUCUAAAAGGUCCAAAACUAAAAGGUGAUGUGGAUGUGUCAGUUCCUAAGCUAGAAGGAGACAUAAAGACACCUGAUAUUGACAUUAAAGGUCCACAGGUUGAUAUUGAAGGUACAAGAGGUGGAUUUGAAAUGCCUAAAAUCAAAAUGCCAUCAUUUAACAUCAAAGGUCCAAAACUGGAGGGUCAAGAUGUUGAUAUAAACCUUCCCAAAGCAAACAUUGAAUUGAAAGCACCUGAUGUUGACAUUAAAGCUCCAGAGAUUGACAUUGAAGGCCCUGAUACAAAAAUCAAAGGUCCUAAAAUGAAGAUGCCAACCAUAAAAGGACCAAAGAUGCCAGAUUUUGACAUUAAACUAAAAGGCCCUAAAGUCGAUGGAGAUGUGGAUGUUUCACUUCCAAAAGUUGAAGGAGACAUAAAAGCUCCUGAGGUGGACAUUGAAGGACCAGAUGUUGACAUUGACGGGCACAAAGGUGGAUUCAAAAUGCCUAAAUUUAAAAUUCCAUCCUUUGGCAUGAAGGGUCCAAAAGUAGAAGGCCCAGAUGUUGACGUAAGCCUUCCCAAAGCCAACAUUGACAUGAAAGCACCUGAUGUUGACAUCAGUGCACCGGAAGUUGACAUUGAAGGACCGAAUGCAAAACUCAAGGGAGCCAAAUUCAACAUGCCAACAAUUUCAGGACCGAAACUCUCAAUGCCAGAUGUGGAUUUCAAUCUCAAGGGUCCAAAACUCAAGGGUGACGUGAAUGUGUCAGCUCCUAAACUAGAAGGAGACAUAAAAGCACCUGAAAUUGACAUCAAAGGUCCAGAGGUUGAUAUUGAAGGAACAAAGGGUGGAUUUGAAAUGCCUAAGAUCAAAAUGCCAUCAUUUAACAUAAAAGGUCCAAAGGUGGAGGGUCCAGAUGUUGAUAUAAACCUCCCCAAAGCAAAUAUUGAUGUGAAAGCACCUGAAGUUGAUAUUAAAGCCCCAGAAAUUGACAUUGAAGGCCCUGAUGCAAAAAUUAAAGGACCUAAAAUGAAGAUGCCAACCAUCAAAGGACCAAAGAUGCCAGAUUUUGACAUUAAACUAAAAGGUCCUAAAGUCGAAGGAGAUGUGGAUGUUUCACUUCCAAAGAUUGAAGGAGACAUAAAAGCUCCUGAGGUGGACAUUGAAGGACCAGAUGUUGACAUUGACGGGCACAAAGGUGGAUUCAAAAUGCCAAAAUUUAAAAUGCCAUCCUUUGGCAUGAAAGGUCCAAAAGUAGAAGGCCCAGAUGUUGAUGUAAGCCUUCCCAAAGCCAACAUUGACAUGAAAGCACCUGACGUUGACAUCAGUGCACCAGAGGUUGACAUUGAAGGACCGAAUGCAAAACUCAAGGGACCCAAAUUCAACAUGCCAUCAAUUUCAGGACCGAAACUCUCAAUGCCAGAUGUGGAUUUCAAUCUCAAGGGUCCAAAACUCAAAGGUGACAUGGAUGUGUCAGCUCCUAAGCUAGAAGGAGACAUAAAAACACCGAAAUUCAACAUGCCAACAAUUUCAGGACCGAAACUUUCAAUGCCAGAUGUGGAUUUCAAUCUCAAGGGUCCAAAACUCAAAGGUGACAUGGAUUUGUCAGCUCCUAAGCUAGAAGGAGACAUAAAAACACCUGAACUUGACAUCAAAGGUCCAGAGGUUGAUAUUGAGGGGACAAAGGGUGGAUUUGAAAUGCCUAAGCUCAAAAUGCCAUCAUUUAACAUCAAAGGUCCAAAAGUGGAGGGUCCAGAUGUUGAUAUAAACCUCCCCAAAGCAAACAUUGAUGUGAAAGCACCUGAUGUUGACAUUGAAGGCCCUGAUGCAAAAAUCAAAGGACCCAAAAUGAAGAUGCCAACCAUCAAAGGACCAAAGAUGCCAGAUUUUGACAUUAAACUAAAAGGCCCUAAAGUUGAGGGAGAUGUGGAUGUUUCACUUCCAAAGAUUGAAGGAGACAUAAAGGCUCCUGAGGUGGACAUUGAAGGACCAGAUGUUGACCUUGACGGGCACAAAGGUGGAUUCAAAAUGCCUAAAUUUAAAAUUCCAUCAUUUGGCAUUAAGGGUCCAAAAGUAGAAGGCCCAGAUGUUGAUGUAAGCCUUCCCAAAGCCAACAUUGACAUGAAAGCACCUGAUGUUGACAUCUCAGCACCAGACAUUGAUAUUGAAGGGCCGAAUGCAAAACUCAAGGGACCCAAAUUCAACAUGCCGACAAUUUCAGGACCGAAACUCUCAAUGCCAGAUGUGGAUUUCAAUCUCAAAGGUCCAAAACUCAAAGGUGACAUGGAUGUGUCAGCUCCUAAGCUAGAAGGAGACAUAAAAACACCUGAAAUUGACAUCAAAGGUCCAGAGGUUGAUAUUGAAGGGACAAAGGGUGGAUUUGAAAUGCCCAAGAUCAAAAUGCCAUCAUUUAACAUCAAAGGUCCAAAAGUGGAGGGUCCAGAUGUUGAUAUAAACCUCCCCAAAGCCAACAUUGAUGUGAAAGCACCUGAUGUUGACAUUGAAGGCCCUGAUGCAAAAAUCAAAGGACCCAAAAUGAAGAUGCCAACCAUCAAAGGACCAAAGAUGCCAGAUUUUGACAUCAAACUAAAAGGCCCUAAAGUCGAGGGAGAUGUGGAUGUUUCACUUCCAAAGAUUGAAGGAGACAUAAAAGCUCCUGAGGUGGACAUUGAAGGACCAGAUGUUGACAUUGACGGGCACAAAGGUGGAUUCAAAAUGCCUAAAUUUAAAAUUCCAUCAUUUGGCAUGAAGGGUCCAAAAGUAGAAGGCCCAGAUGUUGACGUAAGCCUUCCCAAAGCCAACAUUGACAUGAAAGCACCUGACGUUGACAUCAGUGCACCGGAGGUUGACAUUGAAGGACCGAAUGCAAAACUCAAGGGACCCAAAUUCAACAUGCCGACAAUUUCAGGACCGAAACUCUCAAUGCCAGAUGUGGAUUUCAAUCUCAAAGGUCCAAAACUCAAAGGUGACGUGAAUGUGUCAGCUCCUAAGCUAGAAGGAGACAUAAAAACACCUGAAAUUGACAUCAAAGGUCCAGAGGUUGAUAUUGAAGGAACAAAGGGUGGAUUUGAAAUGCCUAAGAUCAAAAUGCCAUCAUUUAACAUAAAAGGUCCAAAGGUAGAAGGUCCAGAUGUUGAUAUAAACCUCCCGAAAGCAAACAUUGAUGUGAAAGCACCCAAAGUUGACAUUAAAGCUCCAGAGAUUGACAUUGAAGGACCUGAUGCAAAAAUCAAAGGGCCCAAAAUGAAGAUGCCGACCAUAAAAGGACCAAAGUUGCCAGAUUUUGACAUCAAACUAAAAGGUCCUAAAGUCGAGGGAGAUAUGGAUGUUUCACUUCCAAAGAUUGAAGGAGACAUAAAAGCUCCUGAGGUGGACAUUGAAGGACCAGAUGUUGACAUUGAUGGGCACAAAGGUGGAUUCAAAAUGCCUAAAUUUAAAAUUCCAUCAUUUGGCAUGAAAGGUCCAAAAGUAGAAGGCCCAGAUGUUGACAUAAGCCUUCCCAAAGCCAACAUUGACAUGAAAGCACCUGACGUUGACAUCUCAGCACCAGACAUUGAUAUUGAAGGGCCGAAUGCAAAGCUCAAGGGACCGAAAUUCAACAUGCCAACAAUUUCAGGGCCGAAACUCUCAAUGCCAGAUGUGGAUUUCAAUCUCAAGGGUCCAAAACUCAAAGGUGACAUGAAUGUGUCAGCUCCUAAGCUAGAAGGAGACAUAAAAACACCUGAAAUUGACAUCAAAGGUCCAGAGGUUGAUAUUGAAGGGACAAAAGGUGGAUUUGAAAUGCCUAAAAUUAAAAUGCCAUCAUUUGGAUUCAAAGGACCAAAAGUGGAAGGUCCAGAUGUUGAUAUAAACCUCCCUAAAGCAAACAUUGAUGUGAAAGCACCUGAUGUUGACAUUAAAGCUCCAGAGAUUGACAUUGAAGGCCCUGAUGCUAAAAUUAAAGGACCCAAAAUGAAGAUGCCAACCAUCAAAGGACCAAAGAUGCCAGAUUUUGACAUCAAACUAAAAGGUCCCAAAGUUGAGGGAGAUGUGGAUGUUUCACUUCCAAAGAUUGAAGGAGACAUAAAGGCUCCCAAGGUGGACAUUGAAGGACCAGAUGUUGACAUUGAAGGUCCAAAAGGAGGAUUCAAGAUGCCAAAAUUUAAAAUGCCAUCCUUUGGAGUUAAAGGUCCAAAUGUUGAAGGGCCAGACAUUGAUGUAAGCCUUCCAAAAGCUGAAAUUGAUGUUAAAGCGCCUGAGUUGGACAUCAAAGGACCAGAAGUUGACUUUGAGAGUCCUAGUGGUAAAAUCAAAGGACCCAAAUUCAACAUGCCAACCCUUUCCGGACCGAAACUCUCAAUGCCAGAUGUGGAUUUCAAUCUGAAAGGCCCCAAACUCAAAGGUGAUGUUGAUGUGUCAGUUCCAAAGAUAGAGGGAGAUAUUAAAACACCCAAGAUUGACAUCAAAGGUCCAGAGGUCGAUAUUGAGGGUCCUAAAGGUGGAUUUGAGAUGCCAAAAAUCAAAAUGCCAUCAUUUGGCAUGAAAGGUCCAAAGGUAGAAGGCCCAGAUGUUGAUAUAAAUCUUCCCAAAGGCAACAUUGACAUGAAAGCACCUGACGUUGACAUCAGUGCACCAGAGGUUGACAUUGAAGGGUCAAAUUUAAAACUCAAAGGACCCAAAUUCAACAUGCCUACAAUUUCGGGACCAAAAAUAUCCAUGCCAGAUGUGGAUUUCAAUUUGAAAGGUCCUAAACUUAAAGGAGAUGUGGAUGUGACAGUUCCAAAAAUUGAGGGAGACAUAAAAACACCUGAGGUUAAGCUCAAAGGUCCCAACGUUGACUUGGAAUCACAAGGGGAAUUUUCUGGGCCCAGGAUCAAGUUACCAACAACAUCUGGACCGAAAAUGUCAUUGCCAAAUGUUGAUAUCAACCUGAAGGGGCCAAAAUUGAAAGGUGAUUUGAAAGGGGAUGUUCAACUGCCAAAAGCUGAACUUGAGGGCCCAGAUGUUACAGUUGAUGUUCCUGAAAUUGGGACAAAGAAAACUAAAUUUAAAAUGCCAAAGUUUGGAUUUAAGGGUCCCAAAGUAAAGGCCCCAGAAACUGAUGUGAAAUUGGUACAAGGGGAUAUGAACAUCAAGGGAAAAACUGGUAGCUCUGAAGGUCUUGAUGUUGACCUAGGACUGACUGGUCCCAAAACCAAAGGAUCCAAAUUCAAGAUGCCAAAGUUUGGAUUCAAAGGACCAAAGGCUGAAAUGCAAGAAGUUGAUCUCAAUCUUCCCAAAGCUGGCAUUAACAUAAAAACACCCGAUGUUGACAUUGAGGGACCAGAUGUUAAAAUUGAGAGUCCUGAUGGCAAAGUCAAAGGAGCAAAACUCAAAAUGCCAAGUAUUUCUGGACCAAAGAUUUCCAUGCCAGAUGUGGAUUUCAAUUUGAAAGGUCCCAAAAUUAAAGGUGAUGUGGAUGUGACAGUUCCAAAGAUUAAAGGGGACAUAAAAGCACCUGAAGUUGACAUCAAAGUUCCAGAGGCUGAAAUUGAAGGACUACAAGGGGGAUUUGAAAUACCAAAAAUAAAAAUGCCAUCCUUUGGCAUUAAGGGUCCCAAAAUGGAGAGUCCUGAAGUUGAUAUUGAUCUUCCAAAAGCUGAUGUUAAGGUGGAGUCACCUGAGAUUGACAUUAAAGGACAGAGUAUUGACGUUGAAGGCCCUGAUGCAAAAUUGAAAGGACCCAAAUUAAAGUUGCCAUCCUUAUCGGCUCCCAAGAUGCCAGACUGGGAAAUCAAUCUGAAAGGACCAAAACUGAAGGGAGAUGUGAAUGUGAAGGGUCCCAAGAUUGAGGGAGACAUAGAAGCUCCUAAAGCAGACAUUGAAAUUCCAGAGGUUGACUUGGAGGGUCCUAGUGGUAAAAUCAAGGGACCAAAAUUCAAAAUGCCAACUAUCUCAGGACCUAAGAUCUCUAUGCCAGAUGUGGAUUUCAAUCUAAAAGGUCCCAAACUCAAAGGUGAUGUGGAUGUGUCAGUUCCAAAGAUAGAAGGAGACAUGAAAGGACCUGAGAUUGACAUCAAAGGUCCAGAGUUUGACAUUGAAGGUCCAAAAGGUGGAUUUGAGAUGCCUAAAAUCAAAAUGCCGUCAUUUGGAUUCAAAGGUCCUAAAGUCGAGGGUCCAGACAUUGAUAUGAAUCUCCCCAAAGCAAAUAUUGAUGUCAAGGCACCUGAAAUUGACAUGACAGGGCCAGAAUUUGAUGUUGAAUGCCCUGACGCAAAACUCAAAGGACCCAAAUUUAAGCUCCCCUCCAUUUCCGGACCCACGAUGCCAGAUUGGGAUAUUAGUCUGAAAGGGCCCAAGAUAAAAGGAGAUGCUGACGUAUCAGUUCCAAAGAUCGAGGGUGACAUCAAAGCUCCCAAGGUGGACAUUGAAGGACCAGAUUUUGAUAUUGAGGGCCACAAAGGAGGAUUUAAAAUGCCUAAGUUCAAAAUGCCAUCCUUUGGAGUUAAGGGUCCAAAUGUUGAAGGGCCAGAAGUUGAUGUCAGCCUCCCAAAAGCUGAUAUUGAUAUUGAAGCCCCUGAAUUGGAUAUCAAAGGACCAGAAGUUGAGUUUGAGAGGCCUAGUGGCAAGAUCAAAGGAGCCAAAUUCAACAUGCCAUCCAUUUCCGGACCGAAAAUCUCAAUGCCAGAUGUGGAUUUCAAUCUGAAAGGUCCAAAACUCAAAGGUGACAUGGAUGUGUCAAUUCCAAAGAUAGAGGGAGACAUAAAAACACCUGAAAUAGACCUUAAGGGUCCACAGGUUGAUAUUGAAGGUCCAAAAGGUGGAUUUGAGAUGCCUAAAAUCAAAAUGCCAUCAUUUGGAUUCAAAGGACCCAAAGUGGAAGGUCCAGAUGUAGAUAUAAACCUUCCCAAAGCCAACAUUGAUGUGAAAGCACCUGAAGUUGACAUUGAAGGUCCUGAUGCAAAAAUCAAAGGACCCAAAUUUAAGCUUCCCUCCAUUUCCGGACCAUCAAUGCCAGAUUGGGAUAUAAGCCUGAAAGGGCCAAAGAUAAAGGGGGAUGUGGAUGUGUCAGUUCCAAAGAUCGAGGGUGACAUCAAAGCACCCAAAGUCGACAUUGAAGGACCAGAUAUUGACCUCGAGGGGCACAAAGGAGGAUUCAAAAUGCCUAAAUUUAAGAUGCCAUCCUUUGGAGUUAAAGGCCCAAAUGUUGAAGGGCCAGACAUUGAUGUCAGCCUCCCAAGAGCUGAUAUUGAUGUUAAAGCCCCUGAAUUGGAUAUCAAAGGACCAGAAAUUGACAUUGAGAGUCCUAGUGGCAAGAUAAAAGGACCCAAAUUCAACAUGCCAACCAUAUCAGGACCGAAAAUCUCAAUGCCAGAUGUGGAUUUCAAUCUGAAAGGUCCCAAACUCAAAGGUGACAUGGACAUUUCAAUUCCAAAGAUAGAGGGAGAUAUAAAAACACCUGAAAUCGACAUUAAAGGUCCACAGGUUGAUAUUGAAGGUCCAAAAGGUGGAUUUGAGAUGCCUAAAAUCAAAAUGCCCUCAUUUGGAUUCAGAGGACCAAAAGUGGAGGGUCCAGACAUUGACAUUAACCUCCCAAAAGCAGACAUUGACCUGAAGGGACCUGAAGUUGAUAUCAAAGGACCAGAAUUCAAUGUUGAAGGUCCUGAUUCAAAAUUGAAAGGACCCAAAAUCAAACUGCCAUCAAUAUCAGGACCAAAGUUGCCAGAUUGGGAUAUCAAUCUGAAAGGGCCCAAAAUGAAAGGAGAUGUUGAUAUGUCACUUCCAAAGAUCGAGGGUGACAUAAAGGCUCCCAAAGUUGACAUUGAAGGACCAGAUUUUGACAUUGAGGGACCCAAAGGAGGAUUUAAAAUGCCUAAAUUCAAAAUGCCAUCCUUUGGAGGUAAAGGUCCGAAUGUUGAAGGGCCAGAAAUUGAUGUUAACCUUCCAAAAGCUGAUGUUGAUAUUAAAGCCCCGGAAUUGGAUAUCAAAGGACCUGAUGUAGACAUUGACAGCCCAAGUGGUAGAUUCAAAGGACCCAAAUUCAACAUGCCAACCAUUUCUGGACCAAAACUCUCAAUGCCAGAUGUUGAUUUUAAUCUGAAAGGUCCCAAACUCAAAGGUGAUGUGGAUGUGCCAGUUCCAAAGAUAGAGGGAGACAUCAAAACACCUAAGAUUGAUAUUAAAGGUCCAGAGGUUGAUAUUGAAGGUCCAAAGGGUGGAUUUGAGAUGCCAAAAAUCAAGAUGCCGUCAUUUGGAUUCAAAGGUCCAAAAGUGGAGGGUCCAGACAUUGAUAUUAAUCUCCCCAAAGCAAACAUUGAUGUUAAGGCACCUGAGAUUGACAUGAAAGGGCCAAAUGUUGAAAUUGAAUGCCCUGAUGCCAAACUCAAAGGACCCAAAUUCAAGCUUCCAUCCAUAUCAGGACCCACAAUGCCAGAUUGGGAUAUCAAUCUGAAAGGUCCCAAAAUGAAGGGUGAUGUUGAUAUGUCACUUCCAAAGAUCGAGGGUGACAUAAAGGCUCCCAAAGUUGACAUUGAAGGACCAGAUUUUGACAUUGAAGGCCACAAAGGAGGCUUUAAAAUGCCUAAGUUCAAAAUGCCAUCCUUUGGGGGAAAAGGUCCAAAACUUGAAGGGCCAGAAAUUGAUGUCAGCCUCCCAAAAGCUGAUAUCGACCUGAAAGCCCCUGAAAUGGAUAUCAAAGGACCAGAGGUUGAGUUUGACAGUCCUAGUGGUAAAAUCAAAGGACCCAAAUUCAACAUGCCAACCCUUUCCGGACCGAAAAUCUCAAUGCCAGACGUGGAUUUCAAUCUGAAAGGUCCCAAACUCAAAGGUGAUGUGGAUGUGUCAGUUCCAAAGAUAGAGGGAGAUAUAAAAACACCUGAGAUUGACAUUAAAGGUCCAGAGGUUGAUAUUGAAGGUCCAAAAGGUGGAUUUGAGAUGCCUAAAAUCAAAAUGCCGUCAUUUGGAUUCAAAGGACCAAAAGUGGAGGGUCCAGACAUUGAUAUCAAUCUCCCCAAAGCAAAUAUUGAUGUCAAAGCACCUGAGAUUGACAUGAAAGGGCCAGAUGUUGAAGUUGAAUGCCCUGACGCCAAACUCAAAGGACCCAAAUUCAAGCUUCCAUCCAUAUCUGGACCCACAAUGCCAGAUUGGGAUAUUAGUCUGAAAGGUCCCAAAAUGAAGGGUGAUGUUGAUAUGUCACUUCCAAAGAUCGAGGGUGACAUAAAGGCUCCCAAAGUCGAUAUUGAAGGACCAGAUUUUGACAUUGAGGGACCCAAAGGAGGAUUUAAAAUGCCUAAGUUCAAAAUGCCAUCCUUUGGGGGAAAAGGUCCAAAACUUGAAGGGCCAGAAGUUGAUGUUAGCCUCCCAAAAGCUGAUAUUGACCUCAAAGCCCCUGAAUUGGAUAUUAAAGGACCAGAAGUUGAGUUUGAGAGUCCUAGUGGCAAGAUCAAAGGACCCAAAUUCAACAUGCCAAGCAUUUCAGGGCCGAAAAUCUCAAUGCCAGAUGUAGAUUUCAAUCUGAAAGGCCCCAAGUUCAAAGGUGAUGUGGAUGUGUCAGUUCCAAAGAUAGAGGGAGAUAUAAAAACACCUGAAAUCGACAUCAAAGGUCCACAAGUUGAUAUCGAAAGUCCGAAAGGUGGAUUUGAGAUGCCUAAAAUCAAGAUGCCGUCAUUUGGAUUCAAAGGUCCUAAAGUGGAGGGUCCAGAUUUUGAUGUUAAUCUCCCCAAAGCAAAUAUUGAUAUCAAAGCACCUGAAGUUGACAUUAAGGGACCUGAAGUUGAAGUUGAAUGUCCUGAUGCAAAACUGAAAGGACCCAAAUUCAAGCUUCCCUCCAUAUCUGGACCAACAAUGCCAGAUUGGGAUAUUAAUCUGAAAGGGCCCAAAAUAAAGGGAGAUGUGGAUGUGUCAGUUCCAAAGAUCGAGGGUGACAUCAAAGCUCCCAAGGUGGACAUUGAAGGACCAGAUUUUGAGAUUGAAGGCCACAAAGGAGGCUUUAAAAUGCCUAAGUUCAAAAUGCCAUCCUUUGGGGGAAAAGGUCCAAAACUUGAAGGGCCAGAAAUUGAUGUCAGCCUCCCAAAAGCUGAUAGCGACCUCAAAGCCCCUGAAUUGGAUAUCAAAGGACCAGAGGUUGAGUUUGACAGUCCUAGUGGUAAAAUCAAAGGACCCAAAUUCAACAUGCCAACCAUUUCUGGACCGAAAAUCUCAAUGCCAGAUGUGGAUUUCAAUCUGAAAGGUCCCAAACUGAAAGGUGAUGUGGAUGUGUCUGUUCCAAAGAUAGAAGGAGACAUAAAAACACCUGAGAUUGACAUUAAAAGCCCAGAGCUUGAUAUUGAAGGUCCAAAAGGUGGAUUUGAGAUGCCAAAAAUCAAAAUGCCGUCAUUCGGAUUCAGAGGACCAAAAGUGGAGGGUCCAGACGUUGAUAUUAAUCUUCCAAAAGCAAAUAUUGAUGUUAAGGCACCUGAAAUUGACAUGAAAGGGCCAAAUGUUGAAAUUGAAUGCCCUGACGCUAAACUCAAAGGACCCAAAUUCAAGCUUCCAUCCAUAUCAGGACCCACGAUGCCAGAUUGGGAUAUCAAUCUGAAAGGGCCCAAAAUGAAAGGAGAUGUUGAUAUGUCACUUCCAAAGAUCGAGGGUGACAUAAAGGCUCCCAAAGUCGACAUUGAAGGACCAGAUUUUGACAUUGAGGGCCACAAAGGAGGAUUUAAAAUGCCUAAGUUCAAAAUGCCAUCCUUUGGGGGUAAAGGUCCAAAACUUGAAGGGCCAGAAAUUGAUGUCAGCCUCCCCAAAGGUGAUAUUGACCUCAAAGCCCCUGAAUUGGAUAUCAGGGGACCAGAAAUUGACAUUGAGAGUCCUAGUGGCAAGAUCAAAGGACCCAAAUUCAACAUGCCAACCAUUUCAGGACCGAAAAUCUCAAUGCCAGAUGUAGAUUUCAAUCUCAAAGGUCCCAAACUCAAAGGUGAUGUGGAUGUGUCAAUUCCAAAGAUGGAGGGAGACAUAAAAACACCUGAGAUUGACAUUAAAGGUCCACAGGUUGAUAUUGAAGGUCCAAAAGGGGGAUUUGAGAUGCCAAAAAUCAAAAUGCCAUCAUUUGGAUUCAAAGGUCCAAAAGUGGAGGGUCCAGAUGUUGACAUCAAUCUCCCCAGAGCAAAUAUUGAUGUUAAGGCACCUGAGAUUGACAUGAAAGGGCCAGAGAUUGAUGUUGAAUGCCCUGAUGCAAAAGUCAAGGGUCCUAAAUUCAAGCUUCCAUCCAUAUCUGGACCCACCAUGCCAGAUUGGGAUAUUAAUCUGAAAGGGCCUAAAAUAAAGGGAGAUGUGGAUGUGUCAGUUCCAAAGAUCGAAGGUGACAUAAAAGCUCCUAAAGUUGACAUUGAAGGACCAGAUGUUGACCUAGAUGGUAACAAAGGAGGAUUUAAAAUGCCUAAAUUCAAAAUGCCAUCCUUUGGAGUUAAAGGCCCAAAUCUUGAAGGGCCAGAAGUUGAUGUCAGCCUCCCAAAAGCUGAAAUUGAUAUGAAAGCCCCUGAAUUGGAUAUCAAAGGACCAGAAGUUGAGUUUGACAGUCCCAGUGGCAAAAUCAAAGGACCCAAAUUUAACAUGCCAUCCAUUUCUGGACCAAAAAUCUCAAUGCCAGAUGUGGAUUUUAACCUUAAAGGUCCCAAACUCAAAGGUGAUUACGAUGUUUCAGUGCCAAAGAUAGAGGGAGAAAUGAAAGCACCUGAGAUUGACAUUAAAGGACCCCAGGUUGAUAUUGAAGGUCCAAAAGGUGGAUUUGAGAUGCCUAAAAUCAAAAUGCCAUCAUUUGGGAUCAAAGGUCCCAAAUUUGAGGGUCCAGAUGUUGACAUAAACCUCCCUAAAGGAAACAUUGAUGUUAAGGGACCAGAUGUUGACAUUAAGGGGCCAGAGGUUGAUGUUGAAGGACCUGAUGCCAAAAUCAAAGGACCCAAAAUCAAAUUGCCAUCAAUAUCCGGACCAAAGCUGCCAGAUUGGGAUAUCAAUCUGAAAGGGCCAAAAAUCAAGGGAGAUGUUGAUAUGUCAGCUCCAAAAAUCGAGGGUGACAUAAAGGCUCCCAAGCUUGACUUUGAAGGACCAGAUGUUGAUAUUGAGGGUCCCAAAGGAGGAUUUAAAAUGCCUAAAUUUAAAAUGCCAUCUUUUGGGGUGAAAGGUCCAAAUGUUGAGGGGCCAGAAAUUGAUGUCAGCCUCCCGAAAGGUGAUAUUGAUGUUAAAGCCCCUGAAUUUGAUAUCAAAGGACCAGAAGUUGAAUUUGAAAGUCCUAGUGGCAAGAUCAAAGGACCCAAAUUUAAUAUGCCAACCAUUUCCGGACCAAAAAUGUCAAUGCCAGAUGUGGAUUUCAAUCUGAAAGGUCCAAAACUCAAAGGUGAUGUUGAUGUGUCAGUUCCAAAGAUUGAAGGAGACAUAAAAGUACCUGAUGUUGACAUCAAAGGUCCGGCAGUUGAUAUUGAAGGACCAAAGGGUGGAUUUGAAAUGCCUAAAAUCAAAAUGCCAUCACUGAACAUUAAAGGUCCAAAGGUCGAGCGUCCAGAUAUUGACAUAAACCUUCCAAAAACUAACAUCGAUGUGAAAGCACCUGAGAUUGACAUGAAAGCUCCAGAAAUUGACAUUGAAGGCCCUGGGGCAAAAAUCAAAGGACCCAAAAUGAAGAUGCCAACCAUAAAAGGACCAAAGAUGCCUGAUUUCGAUAUCAAUCUAAAAGGCCCGAAACUCAAAGGUGAUGUUGAUGUGUCAGUUCCAAAGAUUGAAGGAGACAUAAAAACACCUACCAUUAACAUCAAAGGUCCAGAGGUUGAUGUGGAAGGACCUAAGGGUGGAAUUGAAAUGCCUAAAAUCAAAAUGCCAUCACUUAACAUCAAAGGUCCAAAUGUGCAGGGUCCAGGCUUUGACAUCAACCUUCCCAAAUCUAACAUCAACACUGAAGCUCCUGAUCUUGAUGUAAACCUCAAAGGGCCUAAAAUUAAAGGGGAGAUUGAUGCUUCUUUUCCCAAAAUGGAAGGUGAUAUGAAAGGUCCAAAUGCUAACAUUAAAGUACCAUCCAUCUCCAUGGAAGGUGGAAAGACAGGUGUUACAUUUCCUAAAUUCAAAGGUCCUAAGUUUGGAAUGAAAUACCCAGAAGUGGAGGGAACGGCACCCAUGUUCAGUGUGGGAGCAAAAGGUCCUAAAACACAAGUACAUAUCCCAGAUACUGAAGCAAGUCUGGAUGCCCCUGAUGUUGACAUCAAUGUAAAGGGGAAAAAGGGGAAAUUUAAACUUCUUAAAGUGAAAGGAAAGGCAAAGAAACCUGAUCUUGACAUAGACAUGCCAGCAGCUGACCUGGAUGUAGACACACCCAAUAUUCAUGUUAAAAGAACAAAGGUAAAGAAGCCUCUUUUUGGCAAGCUUCAUUUUCCUGAUGUGGAAUUAGAUAUCAAAUCACCAAAAGUGAAAGGCGAGGGGUCUUUCUCAGAGGGACUGAAAUCACCUGACAUAGAUUUGUCAUCUGCUAGUCUGAAUGCUAGUAUUGACAGUCCAGAUGUUAGUUUGAAAGGGUCAGAUGUAAAAUUAAAGACUCCUCAUAUUAAAAUGCCAAAUGUGAAAGGUGGUGCAGAGAUUGAUGCAAGUGUUUCAGGGGGCAGUGUCAUUGGUGGCCUUCAAUACCCAGAGGGUACAGUAACAUUUCCAAAAAUGAAGGUACCAAAAUUCGGUAUUGCUCUGCCUCAGCUUGAAGGCCAAGAAGGUAGAGGAAAUGUUGAAUCAGAACUUUCAGCCAGUGGGGGAAUAAACAUACAGUCUCCAUCUAUUAGCUGUCAAGCCAGUUCACAAAAUAUUGAGGUUCCCAGUCCAGAGCUGAGGCACAGUGAAGGAAAAGUAAAGGUAAAGAUGCCAAAAUUGUUUGGCAAAUCAAAAGCAAAGGGCAGUAGUUCAGGUGACCUUCGGGGACCAGAGUUAGAAUUGAGUACUAGUGGAAAAGGCAGUAAGGUCUCCAAAGACCUAAGUGUACACACAGGGGAACUGAAAGUUGGGAAAUUGGAAUUAGAGGGUGAUCCUGGACUCAGUGUGUCAACUAAAGGCAAGUCAGCCUCACUGGAUCUAUUCAAGAAAUCAAGGCAUCGGUCUUCUUCUCUGAGUGAUGAAGGUGGGCUUGCAGUCAGUUCUCCUUCAACUCACUUAGAAGCUGAGGGUGGUGACAUUUCAUUAGAUCUAGGAGCAAGCAAAGGAAAGAAAGGCAAGCUGAAGUUUGGCACUUUUGGAGGUUUUGGUUCAAAGUCAAAGGGCUCAUAUGAAGUGACACUUGGUGAGGACAGAGAAGCAGGAGCGGAGGGAAGUGCAAGUGUUUCUCUACCCUCUAAAAAGUCGAGAUUGUCUUCAUCUUCCAGCAGUGACAGUGGUUCAAGAGGUGGUUUUAGGUUCCCAAGAGUUGAACUAUCUGUUUCACCAAAAAAAUGAUUAACUAUAAGGCAAAUUAAACUCUCUCAUGUACACUCAAAUGUGUCCUCCUAAUAAAAAAUCUUAAAACUUGUCUCUUUCAAACCUGAGGGGACAUACACAGUCAUCUCAAUGUCGUUAACCACGAGUAAUUCAUUUUUUCAGUAAUUAGACAGGAGGGCAUGAGAUUGUUUAAAAUCCCUUAAAACUGUAAAUAAGAUUAAUUUGUAUUGUAAUAAUAAAUAUUGUUUUUUUGUACAUAGUCCAGAUUUAUUGAAAAUAUGCCAUCUUACCAAAUAUUCACCAAUAGUUUAUUACAGGGUUUGCCAUUUUGUCCUAUUUCAUUCUUUUAAAUGAAUGUUGUUAAUGAACAGGUGUGGUAUAUUUUUAUCCAAGGGUCUAUUGCACAGAAAAGAUAGUUACAAUAGUUAUUUUGAAGGAAAAUGUUGUUUAUACACCAGACACAAAUAUAGACAGUCACCACUUUUUUAUGUAUGAAAUUAUUUUAUUUUCAAGCUUUAAUAUUAUGUAAUCAGUGCAGGAGCAUAUAUAUGCAACAUAGAGCUGACCCUGUCUAACACAUUCUAAAGAGUGAUGGUGUUGUAGAUACCAAAAUUGCAAAGACAAUCACUGUUUGGAAAUUAUCAACUCUCUAAAAUGCUGUCAGUACUUCCUGUUUAUUUUAAGAAAAUGUAUUCACCCUUAAAAUCUAUGCCAUUUACCAAAAAUAAGCAUUUGCUUCAUUUGUUUUAAACAUAUUUUGCUUCCUAAUCCUGUCAUUUUCAUUCUUACCUGUUUUAUGAUCCUCUGUAUUUUAUUUCCUUUGUCACUCUGUCUUUGUACACACUCCUUAUGAAUAUGUAAACAAUGUCACAAAUAAACAGUCACUUUUUCAUGUUAUUUUGUUUGCAAACAAAACCUGCGUUGAUAGAGAGUUGCAUAGUUUUGAUCAGAUAUGAUGGAAAUAGAACAUGAUUCUUUGGGUCUAUUCUUUUGUGUGCAUUCUGCCGAAUAAAAUAAAUAAAAAGAUUUAUAGAAUUUA